AUGAGUGAGACAACCCUCGUCGAUUAUGUGGCCAUUUGCGGACACGAAUAUCCGCUUCAGGCGGAAUGUGCAUAUGAGGCCAGCGGAGAAGGCACCUCUACUGUGGAACAGCUGAAACCUCCUCUCCACAGAGGCUAUUCUGGCCGUAUCCUCGCCCACUAUCCUCAUAAGAGAUCAGAUGCGGCGUUUUCCGAAGAAAUCAUUGCCUUAUGCAUGCCACGGGGUGUCCGAUUUUGCACGGAACGCGAACUGCCGUCCGGUCCCACGGUGCAUACAUUCGUCAACGUGAAGGAGGAUGGGAGCCGCGUGUAUGGCACGGCGAUUACUUUCUAUGAGCUAGUCACAGACCCGAAUGUGUGCGAGCAAAUGGUCCGGCUUCAAAUGGAGCACGUCAGGGAGUUGACAGGGAUGAGGAGCGAGUCGAUAAGGGGCGAGCGAGAAGGGAGGCCGCAUCAUGCUCCAGGGACCGUCUCGGGAGGCACGCACACCCUACCUCGCAAAAAGAACAUCGACCGUUCGAAGCGAAUCUCGUACUACGAUGGCGGCGCCCAGAAGCAGCUUUUUGUUUCGAAAACAAUAUGCUUGAUUACACGACUUCCGAUGCUCUAUAUCACUGAAGCUAUUUUGAGGGCUGUAGUAGAAAUGCUCGCGCCUAAAAGUGAAAAAUCCAGCCUGCCGAUCGAGAGUUAUCUUUAUUGGGUGCUUCACGAGGUUCCACUGCCAUCUCCUGGGACAACUUUAAAAGUGAACAUGGACGGCCGGCCACUGGUUCUUCAAAGGCCUAGCGCUGCUGAACUUCCGUUUUUCGACUAUCCCCUGUCCAGCCUCUUCGAGCUUCUACCCCCUGAGAAAUUUAUCCGGCUGCUGACCUGCUUCUUCCUUGAACACCAAAUUUUGGUGUGUUCGAAAGACUUGUCUCGGUUGAUGUUGGUCUGCGAAUCGUUGUCAGCAUUCUCUUUUCCAUUCCGAUGGUCCUUGGCAUAUGCACCAAUUCUACCAUACGCCCAAAUCAAAUUUAUCGAGGCGCCUGUCCCUUAUGUGAUGGGGCUUUCUUACGAAGAAGAACUGCCGGAAAGUCUUUUCCAGUCCAACGUUUGCGUGUUGGAUGUUGAUACGGGCCGGAUAGAAUUCCCGGAAGAUGUUCCACCCUUUCCGCAGCACAAGGAUAUCUGCAAUGAAAUGAGGAAUAUCUUAAAGCGGCAGGCUGAUAAAUUCAAUCGAGAAACCCAUUUUAGCUUCUCUUUUCUCGAGGACACUGAGAACCUCGCCGUUGAAGAUCCGGACGCCACGAUAACAGCUCCAGCAAAUGGAGAAGAGUAUGCGCCGAAAAUGCGGGCGAUUAGUACGAGGAGGAGAGGUGACUGGACCUACAAACGAAUGUCGCGUUCUUUUGACGCGGAUACCCUGGAGGGAUGGAUGAACGGCGACGGGCCUCAACCGCCGCCCCGAGUCGAGCCACCCAUCCCGAGGCCUCGCAAUUUACCACCGCUUCCGAUUCAGAGCUUGAUGGGGCAGGACAGUGCCUUGUCGAGGGUAAGCGAAAUCGCCCGUCGUGCUGGUGUGGCGAUCGACCUGAAUGUCGUCGAAAGCGAGCUGAGCGGUGCGGAAAUGCUCACCAACUCCCCGCAGAAUGCCAAUUAUUUUAAAGAAGUCAAACUCUCGAAUGCGCUGCGAGAGACCGUGCUCCACAGAGUGGUCGGCAUGCUGUAUUCAUAUGAACAUUUUGUUGUUGGAAGUUCCGGGUUUAAGGAUCUGGAAUCUUGGGAAGCAUCGCGAGAUAGUGUGGUUAGCUUCGAUAAAGCUUCGUUCCUGUCCGAUCAGCCUGACAGUCAUUUAGCUUUUCUUGCGGCGUUCCUGGAGACUCAGAUGUUCACUGACUUCAUCGACAACAAGAUAAAAUCUCAAUGGCAGAAGUCGGACGAAAAUUUAUUGCUUUUUGAUGCUCGGAUCAAGGAGCUCCAACAUCGUCUGGGACAAUCGAUGGUCCGCACACCGACGGCUGAUACAACAAGGCCUUUCGCCCAGUCCGAGGAGCUCAUUUCGAAGAGGGCCAAAGCCGUGGAUUAUGUCGUGCCGGCCCCUCACAUUUUGUCGGGCGCCCCGCCGAUGCGCUACGAGGGAUGUUGGCCCGAAUCGUUCAACGGAAGCGUUUUGAACGGACCCCUUGGCGCAGCUGCGCCUUCACCUUGGAGGCAACGCUUCAAAAACCCACGUCUCCUUGAAGGCCUCGGCAAUUCCGGAUCCGCCGCCACGGUCAGGCCAAUUUCAAUCUACGGCCAGGUAGCCACCGACGCCCCGACCCACAAGGAGCAGCAGCUGAAAUUCGUCGAGCAACUUCUGAAAGAAACUAAAGGAAAAACGAAAAGAAUGCUGGUAAACAAAAUGGGGCGUGAAGCUGUACUGCUAGGUCAUGGUGCCGAGGCUGGCGUCGGUGGUGUCGAAGAAAAUACCCUGGUAGCCGCGUUUUGCGAUCUGUUGGAAAGGGUGUUCAGCCACGGCAUGAUCAAGAAACAGGGAAAAUCUGCGUUGUGGACGUACGUGUUGGCCCAUCAGGACAUGGAGAAAUCCGUGCAAAACGGCGAGAGGCACCGGAUGACGGCCUCUUCUAUGUUGACUCCUGCACUGGCUUGGCACGUGUUUCGGAAGCGAUUCGAACAGCCAAAUGGACGCCAGUCACGCGAUUCGGAGCGUCAAUUCCGCCCACCUCGUGCUCCAUCGAGACCCAGAGCCGUCCCGUAUCCCGGCACUCGAAGUCGCGCUCCGUCAGCCGACCCGCGACCCGCACCCGAGACUCCAACAACUUCCGACGAGCCUGACCUCAAUGGAAAUCCCACGACUCCUGCGGCCAGCUCGGCGCUCAGCGAUCUCGUGGAAAGUAUCCAGAAGGAAUUGGCGAUGAAAGAAGAGAAUGAAGAGACACCGGCGUGGAGUAAAAACUUCCUGAAAGCCGCUAAUUUCCUGUGUGACCGGAUACAAGAGGCUUCGCGGGCAAAGCCGACGCAGCGCGAGCCAUCUCCGGUCCGUGCCGUUAUACCGAGCGCUUUUGCACGUCCUCCGCUUCCUGUGAAUGGGCCACGUGGGCUGAAGAAAUGUUCUUCUGUUAGUGACUUUUCAACGCCUGGUUUUGGUGCGAGCUCUGGGUCGAGAGAUGGAACGGCAUCGGUGGAGAAUUCUCCGCGCAGGGUGCGUCACCGAAGUCAGAGCAGGCCCAGAAGUCCAGAUGGCCGUGUCGUGCUCCCAUCUCUUCCCACACACAUUGCCUACGAUUUAAAAAAUGUCGUCCGAAUGGCCGAGAUCAAGACCGACAUUGGAUAUGCGCGCUCUUUCGUGCGGUUGGCCCUCGAGAGAAAAUUGCUGCACCGCCACCUAGCCGCCCUACUGUCAAAUACCCAGUUGACAAGGGAUCUUUACAAGCCAUACUCAUUUGCGCGCUGCGAGGACGAGAAGGAACAAUUCCUGUACCACGUCCUUUCGUUGAAUGCGGCCAACUACCGCUGCUUCACGAACACCUUCACAAAGACUAAAAUGGAUUAUCAAGUGGUUGUGGUGACGGGUUCGUGGCGAGGGGCUCUUCCGGCCGUUUGGAUGUGCAUUGAAGGCAGCUUGGCCACGACUCCUACCAUCAGACUUCCGGAGGGCACGCCGCUUUUCAAAUUUGAUCACCGCAAUUUGGGAAUCUUGUCGACUUUGCGCAUCGGGCAUUCCAGCGAAGAUGAACGGCCGUCAAAGUGGUUUUUGGAUUAUAUUGUCGUUCGCAACGAGAUCACGGGCCAAAUGUAUCGUUUCCCCUGCGGCAGAUGGUUUGGAAAGGGCGUUGAUGAUGGCAGUUUGGAAAGACUGCUCGUCGCUGAACCGCUACAAGAGUUCAACUCCGAAAUGGCUGAUCUUGGCUCGGGCGCAUUUUCGCCGGCUCGCGGUCGACGCAUGGAGCGCGACGCCUCGGUGACCAGGGAAAGAAGCCCUUCUUCCGGAAGAUCCGAACGGGAUUCAGCCCCUCGCACCAAGAAGCAACGUAUGCUGGAGAUUGAGCAGCAACUCGGCGACUCGGUGAACAGCAUCGUCAAGCAUUUCUACUCUGAAAAGUGGGAAGCGAAAAGUGAACUUGCCCGCCUUCUUUGCGGCGAGAGAGGUCUCGUCCCGACGUUGGAGGCCUUAUUCCAGUUUGGUCGUCAAGAUUCAAUAGCUUCGCGGCUAUUCAAGCAAAAUUACCCCUGGGAUUAUGUUGAAAAAGUCACGAAUUGGUUCUUUGAACUGUUCCGGCGCAACGAUGCGGAAAAGCUGUCCCGCGGCCAGAAAGAGCUUAUCGGUUACGUGUUGAAAUUGGUGCGGCGUAUUUCUGACAAAUCGGCGCUGGGGAAAGAUGGGAAAUUCCACGUUUUCAUCUUGAUCACCGUCAGAGAUCACGUAUUAGCGGGGCUUCUGCAACUGUUUUCUUGGACGCCCGUGACCGCCCAAUUGUAUGAUGAGAUGUCUUUCCUCCGCUCGGCCCCUCAUAUGACGCACACCUCAAAGCUGCUGGAAGCCCUCAACGAAUUUCAUUUCCACAUCGAAAAGUCCCUAACAUAUGGCAUUACC